AUGAGCUUCGAGAGACCGCAAGAUCCCUCCAGUGCACUGGAACAGGCUACGCAGGAUGUGUCGAACUUGAAGUCGGAGUCUCGCUUUUUGCUUGAGGAGAUACGGGCGUCAGACCUGGAGUUCUAUGAAUCCAAGAAAAGGUUUCUGAACAAGGACACCCAGAUUCACAAGUUUAUCAAGCAGCAUGGGUCGCUGGUGGACAAUCCAAAAGAGGCAGAGUUCCAGGAGCGCAUAAAAGAGGACCUGGAGCGCUGCCACCAGCUGCAGGUGGACAAAUGCACGGUAGCGAACUCGCUGCUCUACAUGGUGACCAAGCACCUCAAGAAGGUGCAGGCCAACAUAGAGGCGCUGGAAGAGGACGGGCUGCUGGCGCCGCUGGAGGAUGACGCGGUGGAGCUUGCCAACGAGCUCUCGCGCGAGAGCUCCGUGCUCUCCUCCGGGACGUCCCUGGAGCGGCGCAAGCGUACGGUAGCGGCCGGAACGCUAUCUGCGGGUUCUUCGCUGCGCAAGAGGGUCAAGAAGGAGCGGGGGCGCUCGACACAGCGCGACGGCAUGCUCAGCGAGCCUCCCUCUGACGAGGCUAGCAGCCACGGCGCCAACUUCGCCGACGACCUGCAGGACUUUAACGACGAGCUCUUCUCGCUCAACCAACAGGAGGAGGACGACAAGCAGCUGUACUGCUUCUGCCAAAGUGUGUCCUACGGCGAGAUGGUCGCCUGCGAUGGGCCCAACUGCAAGUACGAGUGGUUCCACUACGGCUGCGUCAACCUCGACGAACCACCCAAGGGGCAGUGGUACUGCCCCGAGUGCCGCCAGGAGAUGGCUAAUCUGAAGCUUAAGAAGAAGAAACGCGUGUGA